GUCUACUGCCAGCGCUUCUUCGCCAACCGCGAGCACUCGAGCUACUUUGAAGUACGCAUACCGCUGCUGGGCGAGGAGGGAAGCACGGUAGCAGGUACAGCGGCCGAUCACGACGCCAGCAGCGAGCACGUGUGGGCGCGAGUAUGGCAGCAGGCCAAAGAGGCGCUCGACGCCAGUAGAGCGCAGGCGGGCCGUACCAUCACCGAAGGCAACGUGGACGAGGCCAACCCGUGGCUACGCCGGACCGGCUGGGUGCCAUACUUGGCGGGACAGGACCGCGAAGUGCUCGUACAGCUGGUCGAAAAGCCG